CAUCAUCUCUUCCAAAGAGAAUCGCAGAAUAGCAUUAAAGAAUCAAUAAUGGCGUAUAAAGCUAAUUUCUGUAUAGGAAUCAUAUAUGUGGGAAUGAAUUAAAGACCCACAUCUUCAUCUUCUUCUUCAUCAAUGAAAACUAUAUUUACAGUAGAUUCUGAGUUCUUCAAUACAUAAACAAGCACCGUUUGUUGUCUCAUACACCGACUUCACAUCAUCAUCAUCAUCUGCUAGACUGAACCGCCAUUUGCAGACCUGCAAAACCCUUUUCACUUCUUCUUCUUCUUCUUCUUCUUCUUCUUAAGCUACUUUGAUUUCCAGAAGUUACAAAUCACAGUUAUGUCAGAGAAAGAUGAUGGUUCGGUUUCAUCAGAAAAGGGGAUUAUUAGUAUAUGGAAUCUUCCACUCUUCUUAUUAUUCAAGGACAUCAGGAUGGCUUUCAAAAUGGAUGAACUGGGUUUAGAAAUCACUCGAAUUGCAAUCCCUGCAGCAAUGGCUCUAGCUGCUGAUCCUAUUGCGUCUCUUAUUGACACCGCUUUCAUCGGCCAAAUUGGUCCAAUGGAGCUAGCUGCUGUUGGGGUUUCUAUUGCAGUAUUCAAUCAAGUCUCGAGAAUCGCCAUAUUUCCUCUCGUUAGCGUCACGACUUCCUUCGUCGCAGAAGAAGACACAGUGGCUGCAAAUAUUCCAGAAGCUGGUGAAAACGAAAACCUAGAACUGGGUGAAGAGAAGAAGCUAAUAUCUGAAACGGAUUUUGACAAAGCUAAGGUUGAAUCUAAUAAUAAUAAGAAGAGACAUAUCCCAUCGGCUUCAUCAGCAUUGAUAAUUGGCGCCAUUCUUGGAAUUGUUCAAGCAAUUCUAUUGAUUUGUGCUGCAAAACCUGCAUUAAUCGUCAUGGGAGUUAAAUCUGAUUCUCUUAUUUUAAAACCUGCAAUUCAAUACUUGAGAUUGAGGUCCAUUGGUGCUCCUGCGGUUCUUCUAUCCUUAGCUAUGCAAGGGGUCUUUCGGGGAUUCAAGGACACAAAAACUCCUCUUUAUGCAACCGUUGCAGGAGACGUAGCCAACAUAAUUCUUGACCCGAUAUUUAUGUUUGUUCUUCGAAUGGGUAUAAGGGGUGCAGCCAUUGCUCAUGUUCUAUCUCAGUACUUAAUUUCAGUGAUACUCUUAAGGAGUCUACUGCAGAAAGUUGAUAUUUUACCACCUAGGUUGAAGUACAUGCAAUUCGGUCGAUUUCUCAGAAAUGGAUUCUUGUUGUUGAUGAGAGUCAUUGCGGUGACCUUUUGUGUGACACUUGCAGCUUCAAUGGCAGCUCGACGAGGACCAACAGAUAUGGCAGCUUUUCAAGUCUGCUUGCAGGUCUGGCUAACCACCUCCCUUUUAGCUGAUGGUUUGGCUGUUGCAGGACAGGCAAUACUAGCAAGUGCAUUUGCUAGACGAGACUAUGACCUAGCAACUACGGCUGCCACUCGAGUACUUCAGUUAGGCUUGGUUCUUGGGUUAAUUCUCACUGCCUUAAUUGGAGUUGGACUUCAAUUUGGAGCGAAAGUUUUCACGCAAGACGUAAAUGUUCUCCGCCUCAUCCACAUUGGUGUCCCAUUUGUAGCCGCUACACAACCAUUAAAUUCAUUAGCCUUUGUUUUUGAUGGGAUCAAUUUCGGGGCGUCUGAUUUCGCCUAUUCCGCGUACUCAAUGGUCUUUGUAGCCAUAAUCAGCAUUCUUUGCUUAUUCUUCCUGUCGAGUUCUCACGGAUUCAUUGGCAUUUGGAUCGCUCUCACAAUAUAUAUGAGUCUUAGAGCAUUGGUCGGCUUCGGGAGGCUAGGGACUGCAACAGGGCCUUGGAGUUUCCUAAAGAGUUAAACCAGAAUUCAAACUGAUGUCCAAACUUUGUGGGUGUCCUUUAGCUUAUAAACUAUAUUCAAAUUGACCAUCAACUGCCAUUAAGUUCUUUUUCUGGGACAAUAAAUCAGCAAUGUAGCAUAUCAAUUACCAUGUAUUCUCUACACCCCUAGUUGG